AUGUCGGGUUCCUACGACGAGUCGGCAGCGGCCGCGGAGGAAACAACCGACAGCUUCUGGGAGGUGGGGAACUACAAGCGCACGGUGAAGCGGAUCGAUGACGGACACCGGCUCUGCAAUGACCUCAUGAACUGCGUGCACGAGCGGGCCAAGAUCGAGAAGUCCUACGCCCAGCAGCUCACCGACUGGUCCAAGCGGUGGAGGCAGCUCAUCGAGAAAGGUCCCCAGUAUGGCAGCCUGGAGAAGGCAUGGGGUGCCAUCAUGACGGAGGCGGACAAGGUGAGCGAGCUGCACCAGGAGGUGAAGAACAGCCUGCUGAACGACGACUUCGAGAAGGUCAAGAACUGGCAGAAGGACGCCUACCACAAGCAGAUCAUGGGAGGCUUCAAGGAGGCCAAGGAGGCUGAGGACGGCUUCCGGAAAGCCCAGAAGCCCUGGGCCAAGAAGCUCAAGGAGCUGGAGACAGCCAAGAAAGCCUACCACCUGGCAUGCAAGGAGGAGAAGCUGGCGAUGACCCGGGAAGCCAACAGCAAGGCGGAGCAGUCCAACACCCCCGAGCAGCAGAAGAAGCUCCAGGACAAAGUGGAAAAGUGCAAGCAAGACGUGCAAAAGACUCAGGAGAAGUACGAGAAGGUGCUGGACGAGCUGAACAAGUGCACCCCCCAGUACAUCGAGAGCAUGGAGCAGGUCUUUGAGCAGUGCCAGCAGUUUGAGGAGAAGAGGCUCAGCUUCCUCAAGGAAGUGCUCCUGGACAUCAAGAGGCACCUGAACCUGGCCGAGAGCAGCAGCUACGCCAACGUCUACCGGGAGCUGGAGCAGACCAUCCGCCUCUCGGACGCACAGGAGGAUCUCCGGUGGUUCCGCAGCACCAGUGGCCCCGGGAUGCCCAUGAACUGGCCCCAGUUUGAGGAGUGGAACCCGGACCUGACGCACACGAUAACGCGGAAGGAGAAGCAGAAGAAAGGCGAGGGGGUGACCCUGACCAAUGCCAGCAGCACGGGCGAGACAGGGGCCCCCCGCUCCCCUGUAACCCCGGGAAAGCCACAGCAUCCUCCCAGAUGUCGAUGGCACACGGUGCCUGCCCACCCCACCAUCUCCCUGCCCGCUCUGACGGCCCCUCUCCCUCCUUCCCCCCACCCCAGCGUGAGCAGCCACGACCGCGGGCAGACCUACAGCGCCGAGUGGUCCGAUGACGAAGGCAGCAACUCCUUCAACACCAGCGAGGCCAACGGCGGCACCAAUCCAUUUGAUGAGGAGUCGGCAGGGAAGGGCGUGCGGGUGCGGGCUCUGUAUGACUACGACGGGCAGGAGCAGGAUGAGCUCAGCUUCAAAGCAGGUGAUGAACUAACCAAACUCGGUGAAGAAGAUGAGCAAGGAUGGUGCAAAGGGCGUUUGGACAACGGGCAGCUAGGUCUCUACCCUGCCAACUACGUGGAGGCAAUCUAA